CCCACGGUGCGGGGGGCCGGGUUGAUGCUAUGUUAUAUUUGACGUUUGUCUCGUGCCCAGACUGAUCAUAUUUAUCUGAAGAUAUUAACGACUACGGUAACAAUUCGUAGCAGGGGGAGGAAUACUAAAUGGCUGAGACCUAUUCAAGCCCGCAGCUUGAUGUCAAUUUUAUCUCGUUUUCAUGUCGAGAAAGGUUUCCAGACAGGAUUAGGAGGAACGAACCACUUUCCGCUGCCUAGUCUGUUCAUUCUAGCUGCAGAACUGCCUCGAGUAGGAGCAUUUUAAUCCGGUUUUAUACGUAAAGAUUUGAAAGCAAUCGAAAAUGAACGGCAACGAUCACCAGGUUGAUGCAGUGGCCAGGAGGCAGGAUGAUGACGUCAUUCCGACGCUUGCUACCGAAAAAGAGAAAAGGGAAUUGGAGAAAUUUACUGAAGCUACGGGUCUUCAUCCUCCCAAAAAACUUCCCUCACCCCCACCGCUUUGGACUCCGGAAGGUCGUCUGAGAUUUCCCUCCAAACUAUACGAAGAUUUGACAAUCAUUUCGAGGCCGCUUGAUUUGACAACCUGUGUCUACAAGACUGUCAAGAACUCAAACUUUCUCUUUCUCUCACGUUUCUUGUGUGAUCAAGCCGAAAGGACAGUAGGUUGUUUGCGGAGCACCGCAGGUGAUAUGAUUACCUAUAUCUUGAAUCCAAAUUUAAUCAAAGAUGUAGAUGAUUUUUUGUGCUCAGCGCUUGAUUGUGUGGAAACCACCGUGCCUUGUAUCAAAAAGUCUCCUGCUACGAUGAUGGUGUAUGUAUGCACAGGAAAGUGUGCACUGGAUUGCGUGUGUCAAACAAUUGAGCUUACUAUUGAAAUAGCCGGCAAACUGAUAAAUUUAGUUAUUUGUAAGAAGUACAGACAGAAAGUAUUAGACGACAUCAAUUCACAAGUGAUACCUACUAGGACCUGAUCGUUGGGUGGUCAGAAUAGUCCAAGCAGCUAGAACCUGACUUCAAAAUUUCUAAAUGUAGAGUGUAGUAAUCGUUCAACAAAUGAGUUUAAGUGUAAUUAUAUAAUUUAUCAUUUCAAUGUGAUUUUAUCAUGAAAUUUUUAAUGAUGAUUGAAUGUGAUUGAAUGCGAGUCUUGAAAGUUUUCUUUGUUAUUUGUUGAAAUCAUUGUAAGAGAAAAUUUUAAGUGUCAUAGCCAUGAAUCUUGACAAUGUUAUAUUUUAUUUUCAUAUUAAUUUCGUAUUGCAGUCAUUUUUUCAAUUGUGAUAUUUUUGUCACUCGUAAUGAACGCCUGUGAUUGAGAACUGGACAUUGUAGUACAAGCUAUGAAAAUUACUUCAGUGUUUUUGUAAACUAUUUAUUGUUAUCAAUGUAAUAUUGCUCGUUAUUGGGCUUUAGAAAGCACAUAAUAAGUAUUGUAAUGAAAAUGUUAUACCAAUGUAUCCUUUUAUGAUGAAUAUUGAAUGUUGUUUUUAAAUGUUUCAUUCGAAAUCUUGAAUGUCGAUUUAUUUGAAUGUUUUUAGCGUACGUACUUGAUUCAAAAAUGUUUGAAUAGUGAAUGAAAUUUUUUAUAAAUAAAUACUUUCCCACAUUA